AUGUUCGGCUCGCGCGCGACCGAGGGGAGGCCGCUACGAGUGGAUUUCGGGAGGAUGAGAGAGAAGCUCGUGCAGAGACAGCGCGGGGUGACUACGUCCAACCCGGUAGCGACAGGUCAGCGCCCCAGGCAGGACCGGCCAGCUCGUGAUCGGAAGGCUCGGGAAGAGGGUCCAAGGCCGCCCCAAGAGCAGGAGGCGCCGCCGGGCAGGGAGCUCGGGCGCUCGGAGCUGGCGUCCAAGCGCGAGGCUGACACAAGCACUCCGAAACCGCCAUCCCAGAAUCAGGGCCCGCAUUCAGAGGAGCAUGCGCCCGAAAAGCCGGGGGAGCCUGAUCAGGCUCCUGAGGCAUCCGGCCAGUCAGGUGCUCAGAGCCCCGAGGAGGGUGAGACCGGAUCUUCGGAGAGCAGCUCGGACGACUGCAACUCGCAGGCCGACUUCAGCGGAUCCGAGGAGAAUUUCGCCGUGGCCGUGGCCGAGGAGGCGCAGACAGAGCAACCUGCGAAAGCAGAUAAAGCAAGCGGGCCGGACUCGAAUCUCAAGGACGGCAAGACGGAUUCCGUCAUGGAGCCGGUGGAAGGCCGGAAUGGGUCGCAGAGCGACGCUUCCCGGACCGUCCGAACCAUCCCCGUCCCAAAGCACCUCUGCAAGCAGCUCCCAGGUCUUUGUGCCGCAUCCCACACCAAGUUCGAUAUCCAGGACAAGACGGCGCCCUUUGCUCGGGUCACUGUGUCCGGGAGCGAGAAGGCGGUCGAGACUGUCUUGGCCAAGAUCCGUGUCUUUGGACACAGGAGCCACGAUACCGUGGAACUCUGCGUCGCAAAGAAUGCGCAGGGUCAGCUGCACGGCUGGACGCAGGAAACGAUCGGUCGGGCGACGCAGGCUUCUGCGACCUUCUCGCACGACAAGGACAACCUCCGCGUGGCGCUCAAGGGAGCUCCAGCUGCCGUGGACAAGGCAUGGCUCUUGGUGGUCAAGGCUGCACUGGGCAAAGCCUGGUACUCAGUCGCAGCUCUCAUGUCUUGGUGUUUCUCGCGGCGCUGCGACAUGUUGCCAGGCACAGAAAAGUCUCGGCGAUUCAUAGAGCCUCACGCUCCUCCUCUCUGCGCGACACUGGACUGGAAUGCAGACUUUGGCCUCUUGUCCAGAGAGCGCAAAAUGGAGCACCACGUCGCGGCUAAGGAGCUCCGGCGACCAGAAAACCCCUGCGAAGUGUCGUUUUCAGAGGUCCAAGGCCCUCGCUCCACGUGGAAGAAAAAGGGGGAUAUGGGAUAUGGGAGCUGCAUCUCACGGCCGAGCCAUGCACGCAGCACGAUUCACGAUUCACAUGAGCAGCUUUUGACAUCCCGCGCUCGCCCCGCGCUCGCCUGCUGCCCUGUGAAAGGCAUGAAGGCCCGUUGCCGGAAAGUGGAGCACCGGGACACCAAUCACCAGGUCCGGCAGUCCUGGGCAUGGAUGGCCCUUAAAGAUGACGGCAUCGCUAUGCUCCCUGCUCCAAAGGGUAGCACCGUCGACUUCCCACAGGUGAUUUUCAGCGCAAGGACGGCGCCAAAGUGGAAAAUCACACUUUCAGAUGCCGGCACCCAGCUUGAAAUCCUUCGGCUGGAGUUCAGCGCCCACUACGCAGAAGUAGAGGCUGCAACUCAAGUGGCUAGCUUACUGCCUGUUCAGAGCUUUGUACAUGUCGAUCCCGCGAUAGCUCUCUUCGGUCACUCUCGCAUUCGCAGCCUUUCCGUGUUGGACUUUGCAGACUUCGACUCGUCUCCGUCUGUUCGAACUGCUGCCUGCCUGGACUUCAGGCCUUCGGUCUUCGGGAGGUCGCACUGUGGGUCGGCCAUGUCGGCAUUAGACUUUCUGUGCUCGGGUCCCGUGCUGCUGCAAUUCGGCCGACAGCGCUUGGGCUCCUCCUUGCUCGCUCCGGACUUCGCCCAACUGGAUACUCCUCUGACGAGAUUGGGUUCAACGCUUGUCGUAUUGGACUACGCCCAGUCAGAAGCUUCCGCCACGUUGAGGGGCUUCGCUCGCACGGGUGUCCCAGUGUUUGCCUCGCAUUCCGCUUACACCGGGGCAUUCUCUUCACUUCGGAGCCGCGGUCAUCUGGGCUUCACCUCUUCUGUAAUGCUCAUGUCCCGCUUUGGCUUGAGCAUUCCUGCACCGGACAGCUGCCAUUCGGGAUCCUUCUCAUUGGUUCGGGCACCCGUCCGGAUGGAAUUCUUCUUGCUAGUGCUGCCUUCCGGACACGCUGGUUUUUCGUCGUUGCUGCACGGCUUCACCAGAGUCGGAGCCUUCCCAUUCCUCGUGGGACUUGGAUCCCUGGGCUUCUCCAUGGCUGUUUUGGACCUCAGCCUCUUUGGCUCCCCUUCGCUGCUUCGGAGCUCCGCUCGGAUGGGUUCAGCACUCUUGGCCCCAGCCUUCGCCAGGCCCGAGCCCUCUUCAGCUUUGCGGUCCUUCGCACGCGCGGCUGCGCUGCUGCUGGCUUGUGGGAAAGUCCGCCUCGGAUCUGGCCCCUUUGCAUUGGACUUCUUGCUUCUGGGAUUCCUGCUGUUGUCACGUGGCUUGGCACACCUGGACUUGCAUGUGCUGGCCCUCGGAUUUUCUCACCUUGGCGUGGCGACAUUGCUGCAGCAGCUCGGCAAGACUGGCACGUCUGCUUCCGCUUUUGCUCGUGGAAGGAUCGCGCCUGCGCCAUCGGUCUUGGAUCCCGUCCAUAUUGAGCCGUUGUCGGCCCUACAGCAGCUCGCUUGCCUGGGUCUGCCACUCCUGGUGUCUGGAUUUAUGCACCUAGGUAGCCCGCUCUUGCUGCGGAAUGUGGGUCGCUUUGGACUUUCGGUGGUGGUGGCCGGCUCUGUGCGCCUGGGUGUAAGUCUGUCUAUUCUGGAUGUGGGACUUUUGGGCUUUACCGUCUUCGCCCGGUGUGCAGGCAGGCCAGAAGCUGCUUUGUCUACUCACGAUUAUGCUUGCUUUGGUUCUUUGCCCCUGGUGCAAAGUCUGGUCUGUUUGGAUUUUCUUCUGAUUGUUGCGGAUGUGACAAAUUCGGGCAGUUCCCCGGCCAUAAGGAGUCUCGGGUGUCUUGGCCCAACUGCUUCGGCAUCAGGCUUGGCCUGUGCAGGUCUUGUGUCCCCUUUGUCCGCUUCAGAAAGUUCUGUGCUCGAUUCGUCAGUGCCGCUUCGAUCGCCUGCAAAGCUUGGCACAGCCAUGGCCGCCUCGGACCUGGCGCAAGUCGGCAUUUCGAUGUUCCUGCGGAUGCUUUGCCAUCUGGGAGCGUUUCCUUCUGCCAUGGGCUCGAGUCGCCUCGGGCCUGCUUUCUCACCGCCGGUGAUCGACAUUGUUCACAUGGCAAGUCCACCGCUGCCUCAAAGUUCUGCAUAG